CAGAUGGCAGCACAGCGGCAGCGCGCCCUGGCCAUCAUGUGUCGUGUGUACGUGGGCUCCAUAUACUACGAGCUGGGAGAAGACACCAUCCGCCAGGCCUUUGCCCCGUUCGGACCCAUCAAGAGCAUCGAUAUGUCCUGGGACUCUGUGACGAUGAAGCACAAGGGCUUUGCUUUUGUGGAGUACGAGGUACCUGAAGCCGCCCAGCUGGCCUUGGAGCAGAUGAACUCUGUCAUGUUGGGUGGAAGAAAUAUAAAGGUCGGCAGGCCGAGCAACAUCGGUCAGGCGCAACCCAUUAUCGACCAGCUGGCAGAAGAGGCCCGGGCGUUCAACCGCAUCUACGUGGCGUCCGUUCACCAGGACCUUUCCGACGAUGACAUCAAGAGCGUGUUUGAGGCCUUUGGGAAGAUUAAAUCCUGCACGCUCGCCAGGGAUCCCACGACGGGGAAGCACAAAGGCUAUGGUUUCAUUGAGUACGAGAAAGCACAAUCUUCUCAAGAUGCCGUUUCCUCCAUGAACCUCUUUGACCUGGGGGGUCAGUACCUUCGGGUCGGCAAAGCCGUGACUCCGCCGAUGCCUCUCCUGACGCCUGCCACGCCGGGAGGUUUGCCUCCGGCCGCCGCCGUCGCUGCAGCAGGUGGCCCCACCGAG